AUGAUAUUUUUAAAUUGCUAUUACGUCUUGUUUUUUAUAUUUCUAUCAAUAAGAAGUGAAGAAGUCUCAAAAAAAUGUGUCUGUGGACAUGUUCAAAGUUAAAAUGACUGUAAAAACUCUGGUUUUUGCUUCUGGAAGAAUGAUGUUUGUAUUUUACAAUCUGGUCAAACAUACAACGAAGAGGAUUAGAAUUAGAACACAUGUAAUAGUUUUGCAGAAGAAGACUGUAGAGUAUAGUAGUAAUGUGGUUUUUAUUUGGGCUAAUGUAUUAAGUUUAUUGAUUGUAUCUUAUUUAAGAAAGACUAUUGCUAAUAAUCAUCAUAUAGAUGUGUUUCAGAUGGCUAAAAGUGUGUUGAAAUAUAGGAAUGUAAUUAAUACAAAACAGAAAUGGCAUGUGCAAACAAAAAUAAAAAUGGUUAAUACUGUAUUUGGGAAUAAGGGAUGGAAAAAAAAUGUAGAGAUGUUACUAUUUGUUAAGAACUUCCAUUCUAUUUAUCGAGUCAUAUUAUGUGUAAAUAAGGUUUAGAUGGCUGUACUGUGGAUGAAAAAAAUUAUGGAUGUAUUAAUUAAAAGGAUUCAUGUACCUAAUAUUUAUAUGAUUUUUAAUGCUUCGAAAGUAAAUAUAAAAAUGAAAAUUGUUUUUGGGAUUCUAAAAAUAGUAAAUGUGUUGAAAAAAUAUGUGAAAAUCUCCAUUUUUCUGAAGAUUACAUAUGUAAAUCUUAUUUGAGUGAAUGUACAUCUAAUGGAAUUCAUUGUAUCUAAAGAAAACAAUGCAGCGAUGUUAAGAAUAAAUAAAAUUGUGUUACAGAUGCUUAUGGAACAAAGUGUAUAUAUCAUUAAAAUUAAUGUAAAAUCAAGAGCUGUGACACUGCUUUAUACUAACUAUAAAAUUAUCAAUAAUGUUAGGAUUACGAUAAUUUUUUGGAUUGUGUAACAUCUGAAAAUGGAGGAUGUAAAUAGAGACCUAAAACAUGUGAAGGUUAUGUUGCUUAAGUAGAUUGUUAUUCGCUUUAAUAAUAAGAUUGUAUAUGGUAUAAAAAUAGAUGUGAAAAAAGACAAUGUUAUCAUGCUUCAAAUCUUUAUAGUAACACAGAUUGUAAGCAAUAUGGAAAUUGUAUAGGUAAACUAGAUGGUGGAUGUUAAGAGACACCAGAUUUUUGUGAUAAGAUAUUAUAAGAAUAAUUUUGUGAAUUUAAUUAUAAUUAAGAAAGAUGUUUUUGGUUAGAUGGUAAAUGCUAAUUAUUCAAAUGUAAUUAAUUGAAAUUUCCAACUUACAGUAAUCAUUAAUAAUGCCAAAAAGCAAAUCUAUUGUGUACUUAUAGCUCAGAUUUAUUGAGUUGUGUAGAUUAUUUAUGUGAAAAUAUUUCUGACAUUUAGUUGUGUUAGAUAGAUUCAAAUGGAACAAUUUGUAGAGUUAAUACAGGAUGUAUUGAAAAAACUUGUAAUAGUGCUCCACGAUAUUAUGAGACUAAUCAAGAAUGUGAAGAGUGGUUAUCAUUUUGCACAGUUCAUGUUGUAGUCUUAUAAAAUUAAAAAAAAAUGAACGGUUGUGAGGAUAAAAAGAACGAUUGUGAAGAUUCUCUUUAAGAAUAAUGCUAUACAACUAGAUCAGGAAUUAAUUGUAAAUGGGAUAGUUCUACUCAAAAGUGCAUGAAUCGAAAUUGCAUCGAUGCAAAUCCUUCAAUAUAUGUCACUAAUAAUGAUUGUAAAUUGUUUAAAGUGAUGAAUGGGAUUUGUAUAAUAGGAUCUUCUGGUUUUGGAUGUUAAUAAUGGCCUAAUAAUUGUAACUAAUUGUUAAGCUAAUAGUAAUGUUAAUUAAAUCUAUAAGAUGGAACAAAGUGUUUUUGGACUGGUAGUUUAUGUAAAAUAAAAGAAUGUUCAGAUGCUCCUAAAAUUGAGUAUACAAAUAAUAUUGAAUGCAAUACCUGGUUUGAUAAUUGUAUUUUUAAUCAUAAUUCUGGAGGAUGCAUGAAUAGACCAAGUUCUUUUACUUGCACAUCCUCUCCUAAUAAUAGCAUGUAUGAUACACAUUAAGAAUGUUAAGCCUGGAAUCCUGAAUGUACUGCGAUUUCUACUAUUCUUGCAAUGGGAUGUGAAUAAAAAAAGUCUAAUUGCUAAGAUUAUAUCAGACAAAUAAAUUGUAAAACAAAUUUGAGUGGCUAAAAUUGUUAUUGGAAUGAUUUAGAUUAAAAAUGUUAUUUAGAUGACUCUGAUAUUGAUUGUAAAUAUAGAAUUUAUGGUGAAUUAACACAUGAAGAUUGUGAAAAGUUUCUUUCUAAAUGUACAAUAAAUUCGAUUAGUAGAACUUGUAUAAAUCUUUUAGAUUCUUGUGAUUAUUAAUUUGAAUAACAAUGUGUAAUCACAUAUUCAUAGUAACCUUGCAAGUGGGAUCUAUUAAAUCGAAAAUGUAAAAAUGUAAUGUGUUAUGAAAAUAUUGUUGCACAAACUGAAGCUGAAUGUUUACAUUUCAGAAAAUAUAACUAAUGUUAAUUAAAGAUUUAAUAAAAUGGGACAUAUGGACCUGGAUGUGAAUCAAGACCAUUCUCUUGUGAUUAGAUUACAAAUUAAAUCAUAUGCAAUUUAACUCUAACAUUAAACAAUGAAAAAUGCUAUUUUUUUGAUUCAAAAUGUUAAAUUGUACAAUCUAAUUAAUGUGAAGCUAUUAAAGAUAGUAAAAGCAAUCAACUUUGUCAAUUAUAUAAUCCCUACUGUGUUUUAUAAUCAAGUGGAAUAGGAUGUUACUCUAUUUAUGAUUGUUCUGAUUUAUCAAGUAAAGUUUGUAAUAGUGCCUCCAUGAAAUACAAUUAAAAAUGCAAUUAUACUGAUUAUUGUCGUUCUGAUAAUUAAUGUUUUAGUAAAUAGGCAUCAUUAAUUAAUUGCUAAAACAAAAAAACAGCAUUAGGAUAAUUAUGUUACUAUCAAGAAAACAAUUGUAAUCAAUAAUAAGACUCAGCUUAUUUAGAAUUUUAUUAAUAUAAAUCAUUUUAAGAUAGAAACAAAUUAUGCCAAAAUUAUUCAUCCAAUUAUAGAUAUGAUACAAAUUGCUAAUGCUGUGUAAUUAUGACUUCAUGCAGCGAGUAAUAAGGUGGAUAAUAAAUAUGUAAUACUUCAACAGCUGAUAAAAAAUGUGGAUAUAAUUUUUCAAUUAAUACUUGUGAGUCUAGAUAAUGCUAACAUAUAUCUUAUUCCUAUUAUUCUGUCAUUACAGAUUAAAUUUGUUAUGAUUGGAAAUAUGAUUGUGUUUUUGAUAAUACUGGUUGUACAGAAUACACAGGAGAUUGUACAUCAAUUAAACUAAUUUAUCAAUGUUAUUAAUAGUCAUGUUUUUGGUAAGAUGGUAAAUGUGUAAAUAAUGUCGAUUGUCAAAUGAAUACAACUGCUGUUACAGAUCGUGAAUGCCUAUUAGUUAAUGCUAUAUAUUGCAGAUUUAAUUAUACUAAAGGCUUAGGAUGUUCUUUUUAUAAAUGUGAUGAUAUUUAUGAUUCUACUAUAUGUAAUUCAUCAAAUCUUGUUGAUGGAUAAAAUUGCUAUUGGAUUAAUGGGCAAUGUAAAAGCAAAAUUUGCUCAGAUUAUACAAUUUUAUCUGAUUGUGAAAAUAGUUAUGGUUAUAUUCAGUCAGUAAUCAGUAAAUGUUAUUGGUGUGCAGAUUCAUCUUAAUGUUCCAAUCAUAAAUAUUGUAGUUCAAGUAGUAUGACAUCACCUAAUUCGCAUUAUGAUUGCUACAAUAUAAAUAUAUUAUAAACUAUUGGUUUUUCAAUGACUUAAAAAUGCACAAUAAAAAAAGAAUAUUGUUUCAGUUAUCCUUACAAAGAUGCUUGUGUAAAAUCACUAGAUGAUGUAUAUUGUUACUGGAUCAAUAAUGCUUGCACAAAUAUUUGUUAAGCUUAAAAUUUUUCUCCUUCAUCUACACACUAGUAAUGUUAUAAUUGUCGUCCUUAUUGUAUGUCUGAUGGAUCUUAAGGGUGCUAAAUCUUAAAUUGUUCUGCUUUAGAAUCAUUUGUAAAAUGUGAUGUUUUUAAAUAAAAAUGUUUUUGGGAUGGUUCUGUAUGCAAAAAUGUUGGUGCUUGUAGCAAUUAUUUAAGUAGUUCAUUGUGUGAUAAUACUAAAAACUCAAAAGGUAUCCUUUGCUUUUGGAAUAAUACAUAAUGCAUAGAAAAAACAUGCUAGAAUAAUCCUUCUGUUUCACUCUCUCAAUUAGAAUGCAAUAAUUGGCUAAUCAAUUGUUAGUACAAUAGCGAUAAUAAUAAAUGUGUAGAAGAUUGCACUUCAGCGAGUACAUCAUUUAUCACUCAUGAUCAAUGUGAUCUAUAUUAUUAAAAUAAAAGCUGUACUCUCAAACUUGAUAUAAUUCGAUGUGUGGAUCUUCCUAUUACAUGCAAUUCAGCAAAUUAAAUCUAAUGUUAUAUUGAUCGAGAUAAAAACUAGUGCUACUUUAAUACUUAAUUAAAUCAGUGUGUCAAUUUAACAUGUGAAAAUUUGGAAACAUCUUAUUAAACACAUUAAAAAUGCAAUCAAAAAUUACAUUUGUGUACAAUAAAUGCAACACUGAAUGGAUGUUAAUAAUUAAAUGAUUGUAGUACUUACUAAAUACAAGAAUAAUGUUAGAUUGAUAACAAUAAUGUUGAAUGCGAAUGGAUAAAAAGUCAAAAUAAAUGUACUAUUAAGGAUUGUUCAACAGCCUAAUUAAUUAAUUAUACAGCAUAUAGUUGUCAUUUAUAUUUUGAUGAUUAGUGCACAGUCAAUAAAAAUUUAGAUGGAUGUGAAAUUGGUUAAACUUUUUGUAUGAACUACAAUUAUUAAUAAUGUAUCAGUGAUGGAUAAAUGAAUUUAAAUGGUGUUGAAUGUUUUUGGAAUGAUAAAUAAGUAAUUUGUUAAGAACGUUUAUGUGAAAAUGCACCUUCAACAACUUAAUCAGAUUUUGAAUGUUAAAUAUUUUAUUCCACUUGUCAAAAAAAAUUGGGUUGUCGUUAAAUAGGAUGUUAAGAUUAUUAUUAUUCUCUAGAUUCAGAUUGUGCAUCUAUAUUUGAAGAUAAGCAUUGUGUAACCAAUGGAUAUUAAUGUGUAUAAAGAAAAGCCUGUGAAGAUAUAAAUAUGAUUGAUGGCUGUACAUUUGAUAUUAAUUUAAAUCCUUGUGUUUGGAUAAAUAAAAAAUGUUACACUAAAACAUGCUAAACUGCAUAAAUUUCUCUAACUAAAUAUGAGGAAUGUAAUUCCUAUUUGCCAUUUUGUACUGUUAAUUAAAAUGGAGGAUGCAUUAAAAAACAACUUUGCUAAGAUUACUAAAUUAAAGAAGCUUGCUAUACUGAUAGUGAAAAUGUUGAAUGCAUUUGGGAUAUCUAUCUGAAAAAAUGCUUUUCUAAUUAAUGUAUUGAUUUCUGUGGUAAUGGUAUUGUUUUCAGUUAGGAUGAAUAAUGUGAUGAUGGAAAUUAUUUACCAUAUGAUGGUUGUUAUAAAUGCAAAAUUUAAUGUCCAUAAGGAUGCAAUAUUUGUAAUGGCAAUCAGUGUUAGGAAUGUUUAAAAAUGGGAUGGUUAUUGAUUGAUGGUGUUUGUAUUUCAAAUUGUGGUGAUGGUUAUGCAGUAGGAAACGAAUAAUGUGAUGAUGGAAAUAAUAUUAAAUUUGAUGGGUGUUAUCAAUGUACUUUUUAAUGUCAUUAGAAAUGUGUUGAUUGUUUUCAAGGAUAGUGUAUUUAAUGUCAAAAUGGACUUAUAGAAGAUGGACCUUAUUGUAACAAUAUUUGUGGAGAUGGAUAUUUCAUACCACAAAUAGAAUAAUGUGAUGAUGGCAAUCUUUAAAAUAAUGAUGGAUGCAAUAAUUCUUGCAAAGUUGAAGAUAAUUGGAUAUGCUUAAAUGAAAUUGAUAUUAGUGUUUGUGCCUAUGCUAUUUUACCUAAAAUUACACUAACCAAAAUAACUAAAACGGAAACAAGUUAUUAAGAGUUCAAAUUAUCAUUUUCUGAGCCAGUAUGUUUAAGUGAACAAAGUAUUAGUGAAGAAUAAUUUCUUCAUUUAAUUUUUAUUGAAAUAAUAAAUGCCAAAGAUCAAGAAUAUACCAUUGAAAUUAAAUCUAUAAUCCCUAUCACUACUUAAUUGGCAGAUGUAAAUUAUAAAAUAGUAGUGAAUUUUAAAACUAAUGUUUAUAAUCCUGUUUUAAAAGUUAAAGUAAAUAGUGACAAUAUAGAAAAUAUCUAAGGUAACACUUUAUUAUCAAAUGAAGCAAAAUUGGAAUUUAGAUCUAUCUAUAAAAUGUCAGAUGAGUAAUAUUUAAUUAUGACAAAAACUUCCAUGAUGAGUAGAAUUGUAUUGUAUAUCAUCUUUAUUAUAAGUGGAAUUUCUUUUUUAUGUGGUAAUUUAGAAAUCUUAUGGAAUAUCCUUGAUAUGUUUUAAUAAUUAUCCUAUAUGAAAUUUCAUAAUAUAGAAUUCCCAGAAAACUUAGAAUAUUAUUUUGAGAUUUUUUCAAUAGGCUCUUUUACUCCAAUUCUAAAUAGAUUGUAAAUAGAUCAAAAUUUACAAUAUAUAUUUAAUUUUUAAGCUCCAGUCAUAAUAGCUAAAUGGAAAUUUGAAUACUAUUAAAUUAAUUGUUACUUUUUGGAAAACUUUGAGACACUUUUACUUAUAAUAAUAUUUGGAUUUAUUAAUUUUUUGAUAUCAUAUUUAUUUUACAAAUUACUUAUUAUAUGUAAGUAUGAAAAUUGGUAAUUAAAUAAUGAAAAAGGAUUUAUUCUCAAAAUAGUUAAAGUUAUUUUUUUUAUUCAAAGAUUUGCAAGAAAAUACUAUUAGUAUUUUAUUUAUUCUGGAUUAAUUAGAAUUUUUACAUCUAACUUUUAUGAUUUGACAUUUGCAUCUAUUUUAUAAUUGGCUAAUUUUAAUACAGACACCACAAUAAAUACAACUAUCUCUUAUUUAGCUUUAAUUACAUUGAUAUUUAAUUUCAUUUUUUUAGCCUAUUUUUACUCAUAUCUAAGCUAUAAGAAUGCAGUUGCUAACAAUUUAUCAGUAUUAGUUGAAGGAAUUAAGAACUAAGCACAUUAAGGACCCAAAUAAUAUUUUGUAGUAUUAUUGAUUAAGAAAACCUUAUUCAUUAUAAAUUUAGUCCUAUUUUAAGGUCUUAUUGGAACUUAAUGUUUAAUUACAGCAUACAUAUCAGGAAUAUUCUCUUGUUAUUUAUAUAUCUAUAAACCUUUUGAGAACAAUUUAGAAAAUAUAAAAAUAAUCAUAACAGAAGUAUUGAUUAUGUUAAAUGCUAUAAUAUUUUCUUUAUAUGAAAUACUGAAAUUAAAUUAAGACAGAGAAUCAGCUGAAAGUUUAGGGUGGGUUAAUAUAAGUGGUUUCACUCUGAUCCUUGUUUUCACCUUAGCGAUUGAUAUCUACCAAUAGUUGUAAAAAUAUAGUAAAUUGGUGAUCCAUAAAAUCAAAAGUUGCUUGAUAACGAAUCAAAAGAAACAGUCAGAUACUUGUAUAGUUUUUUAUUGA